AUGAGGAAGGCAAUUAAGUUCCAAGAGGGAGAUUAUGUGUUCCUGAGAGUUACUUCGGUAACUAGCGUUGGCUGUGUGUUGAAGUCUAAGAAGCUUGUGUUGCAUUUCAUUGGUCUAUUUCAGAUUCUUCAGAUGAGGAAGUACAUUCUUGAUCUGACUCAUGUGAUCCAGUUCGAUGGUGUGCAAGUUAGAGAGAACUUGACAGUUGAGACUUUGCCGUUGAGGAUUGAGGAUCGUGAAGUGAAGCACUUACGAGGCAAGGAGAUCGCUUCAGUGAAGGUUGUUUGGGGAGGUCCUGUUGGUGGCAGUGUGACAUGGGAGCUCAAGAGUAGGAUGAUAGAGUCUUUUCCAGAGCUUUUCCUAUCAGAUUUAUUUAAUUAA